GGGCGGGCGGCCUGCUACCAUGUGUUCCUCCUCCCCUAAAUAUGCCCUCCAUCUUCCCCGGCCUCUGAUCCUCCUCUCCGCCCAGUCCCUCUACAUCCCAUGGACGACCUCGCCCAUGACUUCCACCCCCUGAACCGCAAGCGCAAGGCUGACCAGGACGACUGCCAGUCCUCCCACUGCCAGACACAGGAUGGCGCGCCCUCCGUCGAGGCCGCCGCCCCCGAGUCCAUGCUCGUCGACCCCGCCGCGACGCCCCGCUCGGACUCUGACGUCGGCAUCGUCCCCGCCUGGCAGCAGCCACUGUCCGCACCACCACCCGCCCACCCCUUCCCCCGCCCCAUCCUCACCGCACGUAAGUUGAUCCGUCGUUCACGUACGCACGACACCCGCGACACGGGCAUAGUAUCUGCUACCGAGCCGGGCCCCAGCAGGGGCUCUCUCCUUCGAAUAUGCACCCUGCCUACCACUCCCCGCCCAUCCUCCUCUGUCCCUGUGUCGCCCAUUGAGACCUUUUCUCCCCAUAUACCCUCACACCAGCCACCCAUCAACCGAGAUACGUUGAAGGAACUGGAUUUAGAAGCCAUCCUCCGCAAUCCCCAGCUACGUGCGUCACGACCUGCUCUUCGACUCGGGCUGCAGUUCCGACCGACGUCCAGCCGGCGGAAGCGCGACAUGGCGGAGAACUACUGGAUUGCGAUCGUGCGCGAGCUCGAGUGCGGCUGCACCUGCUUCACCGUGGACGCGCACGGGCGGCCGUGCGAGCGCAUGUGCAUCUGCAGCUCGCUGCCCAUACCCACCGGCCGUCCGAUCUGCGCGUUCGCGCACGACAACCGCUGCACCGUCCGCACGCCCUCGCGCAUCCGUCCCCUUCUGCUCGAGCUUCUCGAGGUGCUCGUGUCGAUCAUCCAGCCGGUCAUGUCCAAGGCGACAGGCCUGUGCGUGCAGCCGACCGCGCUGCAUCCACAGUACCAACAGAACGUCGCGCAUGUGGCUCUUCUCCGGAGCGUCCUUGACGCGGAUCUGAUCCAACAGGAGAUCGACCACGGCCUGUUUGACCCCUCGGGUGUUUUCCAGACCAUCGGGGAUAUCAUCCGGUGCCACUGCGCGCCGAUGCGCGACGGUGCGGUCGACCAGAUGGUCGCGCUCGCGAAGUCGUGCGCGCCGGGGGGCGGUGGGAGCAAGGUGGAAGCCGUGCGCGCGAUCCGGCUGUGCUUCGAGAUCAUGGAGCUCAUGAAGCUGGACGUCGCGAACCACCAGCUGCAGACGCUGCGGCCCUAUCUCGUGCAGAGCGCCGCGCAGUACGAGCUGAAGACGUUCCACGAGAGCAAGGAAAACGGCCGGCUCUGCAUGGACGUCACCCGCCAGUGGCUGCGUGCCGCGCACGGCGAGCUCGCCACCCGCUCGGACUCGUUCGCUCUCAACGCCCUCCCCUCCACUUCCUUCACAAAAUUGCCGCGCCGGACGCAGAUCGACGUCGCCGUGACCGCCGGGCUCGUCGACCUCGUCUUCAACCCGCCACCGCGCGGCUCCAGCUCCUCCCCGCCCCCGCCGCUCGCCAGAUACCCCGAGACGCUCUAUCUCGACCAGGCGCGCAUAUCGAACUACUCGAAGGACGCGGCAGACUUCGCGGCGCUGUACAUGCUCCUGCUGCUGUAUCGCCAGCUCGUGUUGUCCGGCCAGCAGCAGGGCCACGUGCGCCUCAGCCCCGACGAUCUGCUCAAGCUCAAGAAGGAGAUCUGGGAGGUCGGGCCCACGCACCUUGGGCUCUGCUUCCGCCCGCCGCGAGACACGGGCCCGCUGUUCGUCCUCCAUACAUCCAUCGCCACGCUGUCGCAGCCGCCAUCGGCGCCGAGCGUCGCGAAGACCGCCACCCCCGACGCCCAGCUGACGAAGCUCGCGACGAGCUGGGCCGGGUCGAAUCUGCGCGCGGACGCCUCGCUGAGCACGCUGAUGCGCCGGCGCGUGCGCGACGCGGUGCUCAGGAUCGCGCUCCCGAUCGCGCCGGGCUUCCUCGCGGACGCGGCGGGUGCGGGUUCCUCCGCUAGCAUGAACGCCUCCACUUCUACGACCACCACGAGUCUGACCGCCGCAGUGGCUCCUGCCGCGCCCAUGGCCGCACCCGCGACGAUCGUCACGGACUAGGCUGGCAGCUUCCUUCCCGAGUGCACUUCGUUCUCGUGUGUCGCUUGUUGUUGCUUGCUUCCAUUCUUCGCUGCGUCUGCGUUGCGCGGGCGUGUUGGUCGCCCCCACUGGCCGUGGUGCCCCCCUCACCCUCCUUCUUUACCCAUUACCCGUGCAUUAUCCCGUCUGUUUCUGGCUUGUCCCCCCAUACCUUUUCUCCUCUCAUAUUCCCUCUCCUCGCUUUGCUCUCUCGCACUAGUCCUAAUGAUUCCGUUGACGACGACAUGUAAUUACUCUUACAAGUUACAAGCAGGAAAUAAUGCCGAAGAAGUUCACAACGUCUUUUCCAAUGCAAUGCGAGCGUGGUCUGGCUC